GGUCUUUCGGCUUUCGGCUCGGAGGAGGCCAAGGUGCAACCUUCUUCGGUCGUCCCGAAUCCGGGUUCAUCCAACACCAGCCGCCUCCACCAUGCUGCCGAAGUUCGACCCCAAUGAGAUCAAAGUCGUAUACCUGAGGUGCACUGGGGGUGAAGUCGGUGCCACUUCUGCGCUUGCCCCCAAGAUCGGCCCCCUGGGUCUGUUUCCAAAAAAGGUUGGUAAUGACAUUGCCAAGGCAACGGGUGACUGGAAGGGCCUGAGGAUUACAGUGAAACUGACCAUUCAGAACAGACAGGCCCAGAUUGAGGUGGUGCCUUCUGCCUCUGCCCUGAUCAUCAAAGCCCUUAAGGAACCACCAAGAGAUAGAAAGAAACAGAAAAACAUUAAACACAGCGGGAAUAUCACUUUCGAUGAGAUUGUCAACAUUGCUCGACAGAUGCGGCACCGAUCUUUAGCCAGAGAACUCUCUGGAACCAUUAAAGAGAUCCUGGGGACUGCCCAGUCUGUGGGCUGUAAUGUUGAUGGCCGCCACCCUCACGACAUCAUAGAUGACAUCAACAGUGGUGCAGUAAUUGGCACCGUCUCCUUUGGGCUCAUUUCUUCCCGUGCACCUCACCCUCUUCUCUUCCCCAAAGCCAUCGACUACCACAGAGAAGAGAAGUCCAAACUGGCCAGCUGCAUCAGCAGACUUCUGCAUCCGGGUGAGGUCACUGGAGGGGUUAUUACAGAGCUGCAAAGCCCCAGAUAG